CAUGCAGAGAACGCACAUCGACCAUUUAAUUAAUUUACGAUACAGUUCGACGCUUUGACAGAAGAGCCAUCCCUUCAUCGGCCCCAAUAUACUCCGACACUUCGAAUUAUAAUGCAUGACGUAGUACUGUCAACGUAGCCCCAUCAUCCCCACUCCUCAACUCGAAUCAUAUAUAUUUCUUUUGUUCGCUCACAUCGCUCAAUUGUAAUGCUUCGUCUUUUUGCCAGAUCUUCAAAAUCACUUCGAGUGUCAAGACGUUUCCCUGAUCAAGCAACUACUAUUCUGCCGAUUGCGCGCACAAUGGCCACUGGAAAGAGUGAGAAUGCUGACCUCAAGGCAUCGAAGCUAUUCGAUGUAUCUGAUCUCACCGCUCUUGUUACUGGCGGAGGCACUGGUAUUGGCCUUAUGAUUACACAGGCUCUGGUGUCGAAUGGGGCAAAAGUUUACAUUACUGGACGACGAGAAGAGGUGCUGCAAAGUGUAGUGGAACAGUAUAACACUGGACCUGGCAAAAUCUUGCCACUUCCAGGUGACGUUUCGCAGAAGGCUGAUAUCCUACGCCUUGCUCAAGAGCUGUCUGAGAAAGAGCCAAAUGGGAUUCAGCUGCUGGUCAACAAUGCUGGAAUUGCUCGUGAAGAUGCCACCUCCUAUUCUAAACAGGGAACUCCCGACUUUAGUUCUGCUCAGUCAAUUUCGGAGCAUCUUUUAAAAAGCGACCCGGAUCAAUGGCUGAACACUUUUCAGACCAAUACCACUGCCCUGUAUUUCACCUCGGCGGCUUUUCUUCCUCUUCUCGAAAAGGGAAACAAAGUGCUUCCGGGAUAUAGUUCGAGCAUUAUUAAUGUUUCAAGUAUUUCUGGUUUGAUGAAAGGCAGCAGCUCAGGCCAAUUUGCGUACGCUUCUUCCAAAGCCGCCGUAAUUACCCUCUCAAGAAUGCUUGCAACCACUUUUAAAGAUGUAAAAGUCCGCGUGAAUAUCAUUGCCCCAGGGCUUUUCCCUAGCGAAAUGACCGCAGCCGCCUCUGGACCUGAUCAAAAGUCUAUCUUGAACGUGGACGUAUCAAAUCCUGCAGGGCGCACUGGCAAUGAUUCGGACAUGGCUGCUUGCAUCCUAUAUCUUGUGGGCCCUGGUGGCGCCUUCUUGAACAACCAGAUCAUCCACCCCGAGGGCGGACAUCUUUUGGUGCACUGAUCGACAAUCUUACCACAUUUGACAAAAUUCUCACGACCUUUAUCUCCUCUUUUCUUCUGGUCCAGGACAAUGCGCUUUGUCUCACUUUUCUUUCAAAGGCCUUUUUCUAUGCGUUGCUGUUUGUUCCCGCAAUGAGGAAGUUUCAUUGUUUGCCAGAUAUAAUUUGUGGCUGAUGGCGAGGA